AAUGACAAUUGGGGUUAUUACUUUACUAGUAUUUGUAUUCAGUGAUUCUUGAUUUUUUUUUUCUCUAAUAUUUUAGAGAAAGGUACAAAUUGUAGCAAGUAUGAAGAUUUCUCUUGUCACUUGUGUCCUAUUGUCCGUGUUAUGUUGUAUCAAAGCUCAGGAUGGAUACGGAUAUGACGGAUAUGAUAGUUACGGGGAUAGCGGUUAUGGAGCAAUAGGCUAUUAUAGGGGAGGAUAUGAUGGUGAUGGCGGAUAUUAUGGAAGGCGAGGCUACUAUAGGAGAGGAUAUGAUAGUGAUGACGGAUAUUAUGGAAGGCGAGGCUAUUUUAGGAGAGGAUAUUAUGGUUAUGGAGAUGGGGAUGGAUUAUAUGGCGGGCGGUAUAGAGGCUACUUUAGAGGCGGGUAUGACCCUUCUGACAGAUACGAUGGUUACGGUGAUAAUGGAGGAAUUUAUGGCAUGUCAAGACGAGGUUAUUUCAGUGGAGGCAUUUAUGGUCCAUAUCGGAGCUUCUAUAGAAGUGGUGGUUUCUCUCCGUACGGCGGUUUCUAUAGAAGAAGUUUUUAUGGCCCAAGAUUCCGAGGUUCUCAUUUCCACAUGCACAGACGGUUCAUGUAUUAGAGCAUUUUUCGCAGACAAUAUCCUGACUGACGUAGCCCUCAUCAUCUAUGGAAACAGAUCAACCUUUCCCAAACGAAGAACAAAUUCAUUCUUCUCUUUAGUGUUUGACAAAGAACAAAAUAGAUAUAAUUCUUUGAUACUAAAUUUAGUGUUUCAGCAAAGACCAUAUAAAACUGCUCGGCAGUAAAAAGGAAAUCUUCAAAAAAAAUUUAAUUUCCAAUUAUAAAUUUAUUGCUUGCAUGUUUGCGCUGCCUGAGUUGUAUACAGGUUACUGUGACGUCUACCCACUUCAAAAAAGUCACAACAUGCACAUAACAGUUGUGUAAAACGAAUAAAUAACAUUUGGAAGGAUACAUAGUUGCAGAUAUUGACUCUUCGCUGAAAUAUGAUCAAGUAUAUUAAACCAAAUUCAAAAUUUGUUCCCAAGAUAUGACAGGAUAGAGAAUUUAUAUUGUUUUUGUCAAACGUUUCUUGCAUUAAAACGAAAUUUGCUUGUUUGUACAUUGCAAAAAAACAUAUACGUUUAUUUUUUGUGACGCUUAGAAUAAAUUAGAUGAUAUCAUGGCGUUA